AUGUCGCUCCCGCCGACGCGUCUCUUCACACCGAGUUGUCCAAAGACAAGCCCACCCAGUAAUCGACCUACCCUACCCGACUCUCCAGACCAGAGACGCGUUUCUCGCCACCGAUGCUCUGAUCAAUGCACGCAAGAAUGGAUAUCGACCUUUGGCCGUCGCGUCGACAAGCAGUACGGAGCGCUAGCACGACGCUAUCGUCAUUUCGGAUCGCUUGACGGAGUUGUAACCACUGCCACACCUUUGGAGAUCGGAUCCCUGAUCUGCUUUGGCCUCGGGCGUGGCAUGCAGCUGCGAUCAAACUGCUUAUGGAGAAGAAACGCUGUCCAUCGGAAUUGGUACGUUGUUUUGAGUGCAGUGGCAGUUGAGCUGUGACGUUCUCAUUUGACAAAGGUCUUGUCUGCUAUAGUGCGAUACAUCUACAGCAAAGUGACAACAAACCACUGCAACCGAGACACGCUCCCGUCGUUGGUUCUACUUUCAAAUGUCGUCGUACAGGAGCUUCGCCUCAUCAAGAAAGCAUGCUAUUCCACUCACCUCAUUGA